CCUUGUCGAGUCGAAUCGCAUUCUCUGAAAUCCGGGAUUUUUCCGGGUUCAUCUUGCGUUCGUCUCGCUCCUCUCGCUCCAGCGUAAAAUCACUCGUCUCAUUGAAGUCUCCGGAUGUUUUGAGAGAAAAAUUUUCACGGAGAAAUCGCAAGAGGAAGGACCUCCAAUUGGAACUGGACUCUUGGCGCUCUUUAUCUUUGUCGUUUGUGGAUCUGCUGUGUUUCAAAUCAUCCAGAGUAUCAGAAUGGCUUGAAGAUGAGGAAGAAAAAGAAGGCGCUGUGUUGAUCUUAAUACGACAAACCAUCUAUCACUCGGCGAUAUGCAAAAGAGACUGACAAACCGUUUUAAUAUAGAUUAUAAUAAAGAUCGGAGAUAUUACGGGAAAUGUGGCAAAAUUUAGACAUUAGCUGAAAAAUCAUCUCUUUUGUGAAAGAAGCUCAAAGAUUUAUUUAUAACAAAUUAGCAUUUAUAAGCGUUUAACUUAAUUGCGCUACACAUAGAUGAAAGGAGGGAGUGCUCGAACAAAAUAAACGUCCUGAAAAACAUUCUGUCAAACUUACGAAUAAGGAAAUUUUUUAUGUUUAAAUUAUUAUUGCGUUCCAAACAAUAACAUUUUUGUUGACGAGGUUGUCCAUGCUGUUUUUUUUUUCUAAAAUAUAUUCUUUCGUCUAUGUGUAUGUAAUAAAUAAUUGUAUAUACACAGAAAUGAUUUAUCAUGCAGAUUUCUCCUCAAGCAGGUCUGUCCAAUUCGUAGCAUAAGUUUAACUCCAAUGAUUGGACAGAUUUGUUUUAAAGCAUUCCAAUCUAAGCAAUUGGUAGCUUUCUGUUAUUAUAAUGGCCUUUGUAUGGAUGCUUAUGCAUUAUAGGCAACAUACGCGCGAUAGGUCAUUAUAUACAUAAACUUAUAUAUAUAUAUAUAUAUUAUACAUCUCAGAAUGAUUUGUCUGAAAUAUUUGCUACUGACAGUGCAUACAUUGUCUCUUUUAAUAAAAUAUAUUAUCAAUAAAGAUAUAUAUAUUGUUUUACAUGAGAUAUAUGUUAAAGCGAUUGUUUCUUUGAAAAUAAUCCUUCCACCCAAUUGAGAGUUUAUUCAGUUGCGAUCUGUUUUUCAAUUUGAGAAAGAUAUAUUUAUCUUGUAUUCCUUAUCGCUAAUAGAUAAUUCCCGAAUAUUGGAAAUUCAGUUGUGUAAACAUUACGUUUUGUCCAUUUAGUUUCUCAUUUAAUUAUUUUUUUGUGCAUUUUCCAAAUAUAAUCUUAAUUUUUUAAUACAAUCAUAUGUAUAAUUUAUAUCUUUUUAUAAAUUGUAAAAUAGAACAAUUUAAUAUAAAUUAUAAAGAAGCCUAGAAAUUAUAAAAAAACAACAUGGCAAUGGUUUUCGAAUAAGUUUUCGCUGUUUUUUUUGUGAAAAUUAAUGCGUUAUUUAAAAACAUCAGUAAAAAACCUGUCACUGAAAGUAUUGUCCAUCGCUAACUACUACUUUUUCCCAUCUUUCUGGCAGCAUUUGAAUUCCACGUCGGAAAAACGACACGUCUUUUGAAGCUAUCCAAAAGACCUAUUUUUUGGCAUCUUCAUAAGAAUGGAAGUGCUGUUCAGCCAGGCCAUGUGCCAUCGAUCGAAACAAGUGGUAGUCGGAAGGCGCAAUGUCUGGUGAAUACGGGUGAGGUAGGACUUCCCAUUUAAGCGUUUCCAAGUUUUCACCGGUUUUACAUGUGGCCGAACGUUGUCAUGCCGCAAAAUUACUUGUAGUGUCUCUGCUCGUAUAGCGGCCGUUUUUCCUUCAAUGCCCGGCUCAAACGCAUCAAUUGUAGUCUGUAGAGAUUUCCCGUAAUGAUUUCAUUCGGUUUGAGCAGUUCAUAAUAAAUUACACCCAUCUAAUCCCACCAAAUGCAGAGCAGAAGCUUGGAACCAUGAAUAUUCGGCUUUGCCGACGAUAUUGAUGCAUGGUCGGACUCACACCACGAUUUUCUACGGUUAUCGUAGUGUAUCCAUUUUCAUCGCCAGUCACGAUACGAUACAAGAAUCCUUCCCUUUUCUGCCGUUGAAGCAGCUGUUCACACGUAAAAAGACGCCGUUCGACGUGGUUCGACGUCUCGGCUUCAACUGCCUCGCGACCCAUCUAUCCUUCCCAUGAACGCAGCACAAACGCCUGUUAUUACGCCGAUUGCGCGUGCGGAGAUAAACGGUUGCUUUUGUUUUCAAAUGUCGUGCGAACCGGUUAUUCCGAGGUUGUUCCGUGUCUAUAUUAAUUAGAGAUUAAGAGGAAAAUUCACGGAUCUACGAAAUAGCUGUAAGUGUGGUUUACAAGGGAUUAACUGUAUAUAUUGACACAAAAUGUCCAACAUAUUUAAUUUGUUGGGUGGACUCGCCGAGUCUAACGGAGGUCAAAUAAAACCUAUUACACGAUCUAACACAUCUCAUGAGAUUAGAGUAAAUUCCCUCAAGACAAUGGCAAGCACAAAACCAAAAGGAUUAUCAAUAAGAUCUCAUUCUGAUAUGAAUAUAUCCAGUAUAUCCAAUAUACAAUCAAGUAAGAAAAGUAUUCAGGGUAGAGAACAGGAUUGUUCAAAGUUGAAAGUAACUCAAAUAGAUAGUAAGGGACGUCCAAUAUCUCCAGGAAAGGAAAUAUCAGCGAAGACGUUAAUUGCACAGUCAUCCAAAUUUAAAGAAUCUGUUCUGAAGGAAGAUAGUAUGCUUAAUAAAUGUACAAAAAAGCAAUUGAAUGAUGGUACUUUUAAGAAGCCAUUGCUCCCUAAGAAGAAUAUUAAAAAGUUUCCCAAACCAGAAAAAUUGGCUUAUUGGCAUGACAACCAAUAUGAUUUUGAUUACGGAUACAUUGAAACUAUAGAGAAAGAAUUUAAAGAAUUGCUCUCUAAGGAGAAAGAGAACAUAAAGCCUUGCGAAGAGAACAUACUUGCAUCAGAUUCAAAAACCUCGCUCUUGCCAGAUGGCCCAAAACUUAUCCUCGAUGAAACUUUCGAUGAAGAAUACAAGAAACUUUCGUCUCUCGCCGUACUUGAAGUAUCUGAUUUAUCUGAUGACGAAAAUCUAUAGUGAUAAGAGAAUUGCUUUAAUAUUGUAAUUUCAUAAUUUUUUUUGUAAAAAUGAAUACUUUAAGAGAUCUAAUUAGUAUUAUGAUAAUUUAUUUUCUGUAAUUGGUAUGUAUUUUUGUAUUGACAAACAUUAUUAGAACACUAUAAUAAUUGAAUACUUGUCAAACUACUCUAGAUUUAAAAAAAAGAUUUGAUAUAAAAUAUCUAUAAUAUGUUUUAUAUCAUUUAUGAUAUUUGUGUAACUAAAACAACAUAAUUUAUGCGUUUUUUGAGCCUUUAUGUUACUGGCAUUUUAAUUAAAAAUGUUCUUUUAUUGUUAUUAGUAUGGUAAUCUUAAAAAAAUUACAUUGUAAAUUUAUAUAAAAAUAAAUCGAAUAAAACAA